AGCCAAAAGACACAGAAUGUGACUGUGAGUCAAUGACAGCGUGAUAGUAUUUCAUCACAACAGCAGUAGGUCAUUGAGAAAGAAAAGGAAAAGGAAGAGGUGGGACAGUUAGUUUCAGAAAUACUCUUUCAGAGUGCGAAAAAGAGACAACACUCGUGCCUUUAACUGCUGGUGAAUAUUGUCAAAAGCUCUUCAAAUUACAGGCAGAUCCACAGGAGCAGGAGUUCAAUCACCCAUGAUGAAGAUCCUCCUGUUCUUUACCAUCUUGAUCAUGGGUCAUGUAGGUGGUGCUACUGACACUGGGAUUGGCAUCACAGGAGGAGGUGUCAUUAUUUUAUUUAAAUACCCAGAAAACACUAAAGAAAGUGUAAAACGCUUUUGCAAAGUGUCAGAUGACGAGUGUACAACCCUGGCAACUCCACAGGAUCAUUUAUGGAUUCCAGAGGAGAGAUUCUCGAUGACGGAUAACAUGACCUUGAAAUUCAUCAAUGUGCUCAUUAGAAACCUGACAAUAAACGAUACAGGACAGUACAAAUGUAAAGUAGGCAAUACAUGGUCUGAGGAUGUGACAUUAAAUGUGCAACAAGAACCCUAUAGUGGGACAUCAAAGGGACCGAGUUCUUAUUUAAGAGGAACUGUUAAAAUCAGAUGCAAAUAUCCAGAGAAAUAUAAAGAUUUUUUAAAGAAUUUGUACAAAGUCCAUAAUAGAUCCCUCCAUUCUGUUAUUGCUGCCUUUGGAGUUUCACACACACAAGGGAGAUAUUCUCUGAUUGUAGAUUCGCAGGAAAAUGUCUUCACUGUGACUAUAAUUAAUGUGAAUAGAGGCGAUGAGGGGAUUUAUUUCUGUGGAAUAUGCAACUCAUCUGGCACAGUUUGCACCAGCUCCCUCUUAACAGAAGUUCAUCUUCAUGUUACAGAUUUCAGCGUGAUCAUUACUGUUUGUGUAUGUUUGACACUACUGUUGGCUGGAGUACUGAGCUUGUUGUUGCUCUUCAAGCGGAGAUGUAAUAAGAAUGAAGGAUCAAUACCAUCAUCACACCAGACAAGCACGAGAGAAUCUGAUGAGGCAGCCGCUUCUGUCUAUUAUGAAACGAUUAAAGACUCUGAUGUCAAAUCCAGAACAUUAAACUCCAGCGCUCAGAGCCCCGCCAGUUUAAACAUGGUUUAUUCCACAGCAGAUUUACCCAAAAGACCCUCUGACAGAGAUUUCUACACACUGGCUGAACUGCCGAAAACCUCAAAACCCUGAAGAGACACCGCAGCACAGACAAACCACCUUUAUUUACUCUUCAUUUGCUUCACUCUUUUGUUUUUGUAUUCAUUGUGCAUCUUUGUAAAUAUAGGUUUUGAAAGCUAUUUUUAUGUUUUAUGUUUAGCUUGUUUGCAGCCAAUAGGCUGCUACUGUCAUAUAAACUAUUUAGGCAUUAUUGUUUAUAUUCCUAGAAAAUAAUAACAAUGUUAUAAGAACAUGAAGUGAGUAAUGUAAGCCGUUAGAAAAGUGUACAGAUGAUAGUCCUUGUUGGGAGGCAGUUGUACCAUUUGUGAGCCUAUGCAUUUUGAA